AUGGGGCUCGAUGCGGCCAAUUCAAAAGAGGAGGCUCACGAGAAAUCCUUGAACCCGCUGGUGAACUCGGUCUGUCAAUGCGUGCAUCUGAAGCUGAAAGGGCCGCUGCAACUGGAGAAACUAUGCGAGCUGCUCAAGCGGGUACGCACAUCCGUGCCGGGCCUCAUCGAGCUUCACUUUGGCGAAAGCAUGACGCUAUCUACGAACAAGACCGACUCUGCUGAGGGCAAUACGCAUGCCCUCUUCAGCCGCCAUCAGAAUGGGCACUACCUCAGAAUGUAUCAGAUUCAUCCGGCCCGCAUGGACCUAAUGAAUUACCUCAUGAGCACAGCGGAGCGCCCGGCGACAGUGGUUGACUUUGUGAAUGUCACCUCAAGUCUUUGA